AUGCGUAUGAAGAUCGCCCUUAAAGUGAAUAAAGUAUGGGAAACUAUCGAUCCCGCCAAUAAAGUGGAGGAGAAAAAUGAUAUAGCUAUUGCACUCGUAUUUCAAUCCAUUCACGAAGCGUUGACAUUACAGGUCGGAGAUCUUGACACAGCAAAGGGCGUUUGGGAUGCAAUAAAGGCAAGACACGUUGGGGCGGAGAGAGUAAGAGAAGCAAGGCUACAAACUUUAAUUGCUGAGUUUGAUAAAUUGAAGAUGAAGGAAGGAGAUACUAUAGACGUCUUCGUCGGGAAAUUAUCAGAGAUCUCGUCAAAAUCUGCAUCUCUUGGCGAGAUCAUUGAAGAAUCAAAACAUGUGAAGAAAUUUCUAAAGAGCUUACCCCGGAAAAGAUAUAUUCAUAUUAUAGCAUCUCUGGAACAAGUUCUUGACCUAAAUACUACAAGUUUUGAAGACAUCAUUGGAAGAUUGAAAGCUUAUGAGGAGAGGAUCAAAGAGGAUGAGGAUGAACAGACAGAUGACCAAAAAAAAUUGAUGUAUGCAAAUUGGAGACACAACAAGAAAACUAUGGUGGAAAAGGCAGAGGCCGCGAGGAUCACUACUGCAGCAGAGGCAGGGGCCACGGUGGACGACCUACCUGGAGGGGUAGGGGGCGUGGUCGUUUCGGAUCAUUGCCCUGACAGGUUACUUAAACUUCAAGGAACCAUUCAGAAGAAAGAAGAAUACACUCAAGAAGCCGAUGAAUUAAUGAUGCACGAGUUGGUGAACCUAAAUGAACAAAGAGUAAAGCCUAGAGAGUUCAAAGCAGACUCAGACACAAAUAAUGUAUGGUACCUUGAUAAUGGUGCGAGUAACUACAUGAGUGGUAAUAGAUUGUUCUUUGACACGUUGCAUGAGACAAUCACUGGGAAGGGAGGUGAAAAGAAAAUCUUGAGCAAUGUAUACUAUAUACCAGGAUUAAAGAGUAACAUUAUUAGUCUUGGCCAAGCCACCGACACAGGCUGUGAAGUGAGAUUGAAGGACGAUCAGCUGAUGCUAUUUGAUCGAGCUGGAAAGUUGAUGGUCAAGACAACAAGGUCGAGAAAUCGACUGUACAAGGUUACUCUACAGGCCGAGAGUUUUCAGUGUUUACAGCUAACAACAACGACUGAGUCAUCAAGAUGGCACGCGAGGCUUGGUCAUGUCAACCAUGAAACGAUGAAGUCGAUGAUCAAGAGAGGACUAGUCACUCCAUACGAGAUGCUUCGAGAGAAGAAACCAAACCUAACGCACCUUAAGGUCUUCAGGUGCAUUGGUUAUGCUCGAAAUGAAGCCGUUGGAAGGAAGAAGCUGGACGGUAGAUCAAGAGUUUUAGUGCAUCUAGGUACGGAGCCUGGUUCCAAGGCAUAUUGCUUUCUUGAACCUUCCUUAAGGAAUAUCGUAGUAAGUCGUGAUGUUACUUUCGAUGAAAACCAAGGAUGGAACUGGAGCAAUAUGGAACCUGAGGAAGAUAAAAGCUCCGAAACCUUCAUGGUCGAGUUUGGUGUUUCAAGGGGAGAAGGAGAUACGGUGCAACAUGUGAAUACCACCCGAGCUAUGAGCGAUGUUGAGGCUCCUAUCGAGAUAGAAUAA